UGUGCACGCUUUCUCAGCUGUGAAGAAACUUCCCAGAUUACACCGGUGCAGAAAUUUCUGCAGUAUCUGCACCCGGGUGCGGAUAUUUCCGCACAGUUUCCGCAGAUUUCUGCACCCGGGUGCGGAACCAGUGCGGAAAUGAGACAAGUUUCCGCACAAUAUCCGCACACUUCUGCACCCGGGUGCGGUAAAUCCUUACUCAGUACUGGGGUUUCCGCACCCAGUCCGAACUUGGCUAAAGUCGUCCGACGCGCAAAUUUAGCACAUUAUACGGAUUUAUCUGUUUCCCUAGAAAGUGGAGCAUCAAGCAAUCGUACUGGUAAAAUAUCUUCAACCAAUUUUGUACCCGCCCUGAGAACGAACGCACAAAUCUUCAGCUCCGAUGAGGAUCCAAAUAGUCCUCGAGCAGAAGGACAAGGACAACACGACAUCUAUGCGGAUGAGCUACUGAAGCUCGUCCAGCGGGGACAACGGCAAACAAGUACACUGCAGAUGACCUUGGGGAGCAAGAAGACAAACUGCACCGGUACUAGUAUGGAUAGUCAA